GAGCUUGAAAAUACUCGGCAGCGCCGAAAGUGGGGGUCAUUUUCGGGUCAUCGUCGGGGACGUUCGCGCCAGAUUUUAAAAGCGAGCGCUUUUGUGAGAGGAACACCGGCGUCUGAAGAAUCCCCAAAAUGCCACUUUUGGGGAAAAAACUUUACAUUCCAAAGGUCCUAUCGAAGACAGUAACCUUGGCUGAGCCGUAUUUUCUCAUUCCAUUCACCAACGAAGUGUUUGCAAGCAAACUUGACUAUGACAACCAACUUGAGGUGUAUGCCAAGUCACUGUGGACAUGCCAGUGCACAGGGCAGACCGGCCUGACCUUUGAGGAAGCACAAAUGUCGGAGGUCGUCGCCAAGCAACGUCUUCAAGGUUUUCCGACCCAGUUUGAGAAACCAAUCCUGCAGCAUGUGCAUCACAGUGCAAGUUCAUUGGAAAGCCUGGUGCAGGAGAUUACACAUAUCCUCAAUUCAACCUUUGCUCUUGGAGAGAAGGUCGAGCUCAAGGUCAAAGUGAAGGGUCGAUUAUUCAGAGGGGACAUUGUCAAAAUAGAACGAGACAGCUCAUCGGGGGUAGCAAGCGUCAGUGGUUCGCCCUCUAGUGACAAGGAGAACCAUGGAAACUCGUCUGAUGAGGGACUAUCAUCCAAGACCAAGAAGAAGAACCAAAGCCCAGUAUAUAGGUACAGCAUCCAGCUGGAAAAUGAGGAGAAGAUUAUCAGCUCAAUUCCUGGCUCUGAUCUUAUACGUUGCACCCCACUGCCGCCAAGGGAUCUCCUAGAAAUCUUUAUACGAAGCAGCGCUCUUCAAGCAGGCAACAAACCAAACAGUCCGUGGAUCGUUCACGAUGAUCUGGUCAGGAAGCACGCCCUCGUUGGUCGACUUAUUCCAUCUCUUCUCUCCCCAACAAGGAUAUCUGCGACGGGUCUAAAGCUUGCCGUCAAACGCGAGUCGGCAGGAAACCAGCAACCGGAGACACCGUUAAAGAGGCAGAAAUCAACAAUCAGGGAGGGACCGAACCCCACCGUCCAGAUCACGCCACUUCAGUUUAUCCCUUCACCAGAAAAGAUCUUUUUGGAUCACUCGUAUAGUUCACCUCCUCAUAAACAGAAUGCCUCGACGAAGCGAUCAUCAAGCAAAUCGCCUAAAAAGACGACUUCCUCCCCAGAUAAGAAAGACAGAAAAAAGGACAAGAAGGCUAAAGAAGGGUCAAAGAAAGAGAAGGAUGUUAAGGAGAAGAAGGAAAAGAAGGAGAGGAAAAAGGAUCGAGAAAAGAAAGCUAAGAAGAGGAAACAUCCGGAGGAAGAAAAGUCUUCCUCAGAAUCGAAGGACAAGAAGCAGAAAUUGAAUAAUGGAAGGACUAAGCACAAAUCAAGCAAAGACAGCGAUGAUAAUGAGGAUGAUUUCGUUUUAAGCAAAUUAGUGCCUCAGAAUAAAUCUCCAAGUAAAUCAGUGAGCAAGAGCAAAACGCCAACAUCGAACUCCAAGAAGACUUCACCAACUAAGUCCCCAAAGAAGUCAGAGAAAAAGACUCCCGCUAAAAGGAAGUUAACAGAUCAUUUUAAACCCAUGCCAAAAAGUGACUCCUCUAAAAAGGAUAGUGAAGUUGGUGAAAACCGAGAGAAGGUUAGAGAAAGUGAAAAGAAAACGAGUGCAAGUCCUGUUAAGGAGGUCAAGACUGAAGCACAAAAGACCACAAAGAAUGAUGUCCCAAAAGAAAGUGUAAAGAAAGUGGUUGCGGAGAAGAAGAAGGCGACCCCAAAGAAGAAGAUUAGUGUAAAGACUGCGAAACUGAAAGUUGUUACAAAGAAACUAACCACUUUGUCAUCAAAGGAGGAGGUUAAUGUCAGCACCACGCCUAAAAAAGAAACUGCCACACCUAAAAAGCAGGUGGCCACGCCUAAAAAGGAAGCAACCACGCCCAAAAAGGGAACGGCUACACCUAAAAAGGGAACCCCAAGGAAAGCAACCCCGCGGAAAUCCAGUCCGGUGAAGAGCGUCUCUGGCAAGACAGCCACACCUAAGAAAGCUUCGGCGACACCCAAGAAAGCUGCAGCCACGCCCAAGAAAGCUGUGGCCACGCCCAAGAAAGCUGCAGCCACGCCCAAGAAGACACCAAAGAAAAUGCCUCUGAAGAAGACUCCUGCUAAGAAAACCUUAGCAAGCAAGGUCAAGAAGGCUAAUGUCAAGGCUUCACCCAAGGCUUCUCCGAAGAAGACACCUGUCAAGGCUGCAGCCAAGGCCACUCCAACCAAGAAAACUCCUGUUAAAAAGACUACCUCACCGACCAAAGCUUCGAAGUCUCCUGCAGCAUCAGCAAAGAAGCACCUGAAGCAGGCAACGCUCUUCGAUAUCACCAAGACGCAAUCUGGGCAGAAGAAACCGAUCUAUGACAAAGAUAACUCACACAUUCGGGAUCGUCUCUCAAAGACAGUUUCAAGCCCAAAGCAGCCACCUAUCGCAAUAAAACUACUCAGGGCCAAGAAGUUAAAUGAUAAGCCGACAUACAGCGCUCUACUCCUGAAAGCAGCCAAGAUUCUCUCUGAGAAAGAGUGUCAGAAUCUUAGAUCGGAGAUCAAAUACGAGGUUUGGCAGAAGUUUUGCAAAAUCAAGGAGAAGAAACGAUGGAAGCAGAUGACGCCAGAGGAACGACAGAAGGAGAUGGAUGCAAAGAAAGAGGAGAGGAAGAAGAUGAUGGAAGAGAGAAAGAAGAGGGAAAAUGAGAGGAAAAAGAAAAAGAGGAUGGAGGAGAGGGAACUCAGGAUGGAAAGAGCGAAGCGCUUUGAGGACCAGGACUUAGACCUGUUACCCCUCCCGGUCCCGAAGCCUGUUCCAAUGCCUGAUGGGAUACCAAACCCUCUCUUUGGUGACGUGGCGAUGGUCGUUGAAUUCCUGGAUUGUUUCAGUGGUCUCCUCAUGCCCAACGAUCCGUACCCAGUCACUGCAGAUUCUUUGAUGAAAGCUCUCGUUUGUGGAAAGGAAGGCUUUGCUUAUCUAGCCAGGGUUCUUGUUAUACUACUUAAGACACUUCUUCAGGAUAAAAUCGCUGAGGAUUAUACAGAAUUGGACAUAUCUCUUUCUGAGAUUCCUGUCAACAUGCAUACGUGCAGCGAGCUUCUCCGGUUGAGUCUGCGAAAGUCUGACGAGUUUGAUGCAAGUGAUGAUGAUCUGAGUAGCAAGUGCAGCAGUGACAUCAAAGACAACGAUGACGUCGAUGUGCCUCAAGAUCUGAUUGAACAACUGGAAUCUUGCGAAUUCUUUGAGUUGGAACCGACGGAGAAAUUGACGAUCAUGGUUUGUUUGUGUCAUCGUAUCUUGGCCUCUUACGCAGUCAUUGAAUUCAUGGACGAGAAACAGCGCCAGGCAGCAACUCUAUGGAAUGAUAGGGCUAAGGCUCAGAUGGAGAAGAAUAAGCUGAAGAAGGAAGAGCAGAAGAAACUGAAGGAAGAGCGAGAGGUGGAGAGGCAGAAGAAAGAAGAGGAGAAAGCAAAAGCAGCAGCUGAGAAGAAUGAAGCUGGUGAAGAAAAGCAAGAUAUAUCUUCUAAGCCAGUUCCCAAGGCCAGCAAGAAGCCGAAAGUCGAACCAAAGAAAGAGGAAGAGAAGGAAGAGGAGUGUCUGGACCUUGCUUCUGUAGUCAAGAGGAGACGACUCCUUGCAGCCAAAACCAAAGCAGAGAGAGAGGUCCAAGAAAAGAUUGAAAAGGAGAGACGUUUGAAAGAACAAGAGGAACUCCGGAAGCAGAAGGAAGAGGAGCAGUUUGAAAAGACAUUUAAGGAGGGAAUGGACAACGCAAAGUUGGUAUUACGGAAACAACCGAUCGGCUACGACAGGAAUCACAGUCGAUACUGGAUCUUCUCUUCAGUCGUCCCUGGACUAUUCAUAGAGAAGGGGUGGGCCUCAAAGGAAAUGGACUAUUCCAUCGCUCAGUCCGAUUGUGAGACUAACGAUGAUGACGACGAUGUGAUGGAGGUUGAUGAGGGUUCAGGAGAGGAAGAGAAUCCCGUAUGGAAAGAGAAAACCUUUCCAAAGAUUGGUCAGAACAUGUGGUUCCAGUAUGACACAAUCAAGGAAUUAGAGAGCUUACAGACAAUUUUAGACAACAGAGGAAUUAGAGAAAGCGCCCUCUUUGCUGAGAUUCAGAAACAUUACAGCGAGUAUUCAAAACUCGUCAUAGCUGCUCGGAGGUCUAGUCAACAGCUUCGUGAUUCCGACGGUCCUCGGGAGCUCCUAGACUCCUUCAAGGAAGAUCUCAAGGACAUAGAGACUCACAUCAGACAGGGGAAUCUUGGAGGGGUCACCAAGUUUGAAAAGUGGGAGAAACAGCUGGACAACGCUACUAAACUAAAGGAAUUGAAACCACUCUUGAUUGAGAGUCAGGCUUGCGUGAAUCUGAAGUUCCUCCAAGGUAAGAUGGCUCCCACCAAACCUAAACCUAAAAUUGGAUACCAUUAUGAAGAUGAAGACGGAAACCAAGCAGAAGACGAAAAACCAAGCGAGUCCGAGAAAGUAGUGAAGUGGCGUGAGCUUGUCAACAGAGCCACCACUCUUUCACGCCUCCACGUCCUACUCUGCAUUUACGAGAUCUCCGUCAAGUGGGAGAAGUCGGCCGCGAACGCAAAGUGCAAGAUCUGCAGACGGAAAGGGAACGAGGAUAAGGUCAUUAUGUGUGAUAAGUGUAAUCAGCCAUUCCAUCUGUUCUGCCUACGCCCUGCUCUGGCUGACUUCCCUACUGGAGAAUGGAUGUGUCCAGCAUGUGCACCUAGCACAGUACGAGCCGUGAGGAACCGAAAUUACGCCGAGAUCGAAUCCGAGAGCUCGGAAGAAGAAGAAGAGGAAGAUUCUGAGGAGUACGAGUCUGAGGAUGAAUCCGACGACGAUGAUACAAACUUUAAGAGGUCAUUGCGAGGGGUCAAAGCAGGAUUGCGCAAGACGAGGGCGCGACUGAGGGAAAGAAAAAGGGCGCCGCAGACUAAAUCCACGAGAGGUCGGACCCGACAGCAGGCUAAAAAGAAGCCAGCUCCGAGGGCCCCUCCUCCAAAGCGAUUACCUAAACUAGACAUUGAGGCAGCUGAUGGUGUGAUAUCCAAGAUGUUAAAAUACCGAGACAGCAAACCACUCAGACAACCACCUACUAAAUCUGAGGUUCCAAACUACAAGAAGUUGAUCAAGAAUCCAAUGGAUCUUCAGGUGAUGAAGACAAAAUGUGAGAGCGAGGAUUACUCUAGGUAUCAUCAGUUCUUUGAUGAUGUGCAGCUGAUGUUCAAUAACGCAACCAAGAUGUAUGAUGAUAACUACGUCCUACAGCAAGUCCAGAAGACCAAAGAUUACUUCUCAAACUUGAUCAAGUGGCAUCUAUCGGCAGGUCGUGACCUUUGGCAGAAAUAUCUGGAAGAAGAAGACGAGGAGGAGGAAGAGGAGGAGGAAGAGGAGGAAGAAGAGGAGGAAGAAGAAGAAGAGGAAGAAGAAGAGGAGGAAGAAGAAGAGGAGGAAGAAGAGGAGGAAGAAGAGGAGGAAGAAGAAGAGGAGGAAGAAGAAGAGGAGGAGGAGGAAGAAGAAGAUGAGGAAGUCGUGAUAAAAAAGCCAACUCGUUCAUCUCGACGUUCUAGACGGAGAUAGUUAUCACGGAGAAGUGAGGGUUGGGCGAAAUGAAAAGCCAACUUUAUCAUAGAGACAAAGAAUGGGACAGCCCCUCAGAGAAUACUUUGUCUACUCUAAUUAGGGAGGCUAGAUAAACGACUAAUCUUCCAUGAUAGACCAUGGGACUUUCUUCAAAUUUGACCUUUUCAUCAUCCAGAGAGUGUGAUCCCCUCUAAUAGUUGAACCUCCUUUAAAGGACAAGUCCACCCCAACAAAAAGCUUACUUGAAUAAAAAGAGAAAAAUCCACCAAACAUAACACUGAAAAUUUCAUCAAAAUCAGAUGUAAAAUAAGAAAGUUAUGACAUUUUAAAGUAUCGCUUAAUUUCACAAAACAGUUAUAUGCACAUCCUGGUCAGUAUGCAAAUGAGGAGACUGAUGACAUCAUCCACUCACUAUUUCUUUUGUAUUUUAUUAUAUUAAAUAUGAAAAAUUCUAAUUUUCUCCUCAUUGUCAAGCGAAACAAAAAUAAUUCCUCCCUGAACAUAUGGAAUUAGCAUUGUUUCAUACCAUAUAGUUCAGUAAAGUUAGUCCAUAUUGUCAAAUUUGUAAAAAAAUGAAAUAUUGUAUAAUUCAAACAUUAAAAAACAAAACUUCAAAUUGUCAUAACUUAUUUUACAUCCGAUUUUGAUGAAAUUUUCAGCAUUAUGCUAGUUUGAUUUUUCUCUAUUUAUUCAAAUCAACAUUUUCCUGUGGUGGACUUGACCUUUAAAUAUGUUUCACUAAAAUGGAAGAACAGGACAGUGAAGUUCUUCAGGAGUCUGUGAAGUUUUUAUUGAUAUUUAAGCGGAAUGCAUGUAUAUUGUUGAGCAAAGGAAAGCACGCUUUGCGAAGAAAUCGCUGAACAGAAGAGAAAUUUAUCAGAAAUGUUCUCUUGGUACUUGAUGAGUUAAUUCUAGUGAGAGUUGAUACUAAUUUUUUUAUUCUUCUAAUAUGCUGACCCAUACUCCCGCCAAGAGAUAAUUUAUCAAGCUGGGGGGUGUUUCAUGAAAGGACUUGUCGGACGUUUUAUCCGACAGUUACCAUAGGAACAGUGCCUCUCUGCCAAUCAAAAUCAUGGAAAGAUGUCAGAUCUGACAACUUGUCGGAUGAAAAUAUUGAUGAAACACUCCCCUGGUCAAGUGAAUUGUAUAUAUAAAGUCAAGUAUGAACCGAUCUUAUCUAAUUUAACUUUUUAAUUUCCACAAAGUGAAACUAAAGGGAAAUCCCCAGUACCUGAUUCAAGGCACCUAUUUAAAAACAAAAAACGUUUUGACACAAUGAUUCAUGACUACAUUGGACAUUAACCAUUUGUGUGUUUUCCAAUUGGGUUUUUCUCUUCAAACAUGCACCAUGCCUUUGUAAAAUUAAAAAUAAAUAAAAAUAAUAGCUAUUUGUAUAGAGCCAUCUUUCAAAAAUAAUCUAUUCCAUUGUGCUUUAUUGUCUCACCUGCAUAGCAGAGUGAGACUAUACUAGGCGCCGCUUUUCCGACGGCGGCGGCGACGGCGGCGGCGGCGGCGACGGCGGCGGCGGCGUCAACACCAAAUCUUAACCUGAGGUUAAGUUUUUGAAAUGACAGCAUAACUUAGAAAGUAUAUGGACCUAGUUCAUGAAACUUGGCCAUAAGGUUAAUCAAGUAUUACUGAACAUCCUGCCUUAGUUUUAUGUCACAUGACCAAGGUCAAAGGUCAUUUAGGGUCAAUGAACUUAGACCAUGUUGGGGGAAUCAACAUCAAAAUCUUAACCUAAGGUUAAGUUUUUGAAAUGUCAUCAUAACUUAGAAAAUAUAUGGACCUAGUUCAUGAAACUUAUACAUAAGGUUAAUCAAGUAUCACUGAACAUCCUGCAUGAGUUUCACGUCACAUGACCAAGGUCAAAGGUCAUUUAGGGUCAAUGAACUUUGGCCGAAUUGGGGGUAUCUGUUGAAUUACCAUCAUAACUUUGAAAGUUUAUGGAUCUGAUUCAUGAAACUUGGACAUAAUAGUAAUCAAGUAUUACUGAACACCCUGUGCAAGUUUCAGGUCACAUGAUCAAGAUCAAAGGUCAUUUAGGGUCAAUGAACUUUGGCCAAAUUGGGGUAUUUGUUGAAUUACAGCCAUAAAUUUGAAAGUGUGUUGGUCUAGUUCAUAAAACUUGGACAUAAUAGUAAUCAAGUAUCACUGAACAUCCUGUGCGAGUUUCAGGUCACAUGAUCAAGGUCAAAGGUCAUGUAAGGUCAAAGAACUUUGGCCAUGUUGGGGGUAUUUGUUGAAUUGCCAUCAUAUCUCUAUAAGUGUAUUGGUCUAGUUCAUAAAACGUGGAAAUAAGAGUAACCAAGUAUCACUGAACAUCUUGUGCGAGUUAUAGUAGUUUUCAAAAUCAGCACUGCUGCUAUAUUGAAUUGCGUGAUGCAGGUGAGACGGCCAGAGGCAUUCCACUUGUUAUUAUUAUUACCCCAGCUUUGGCUCACUGCCGUUCCAAUGCUGUGCGUUCAAGGAAUAAAUUCCUGCCUGGUACCUAUGAUUUACCUCACCUGGGUCAAGUGCAGCACAAUGCGCAUGAAUUUCUUGCUGAAGGAAAUCAAUUCCCAGAGUAAAAAUUUGAACCCACGAUCCUCUUAUUAAGAGACAGUGAUCAGAGCCACUACACCAUGGCGCCUCCAGGUCACUCUCAAGGAGGGGGUAUUUCACAAAGAUUUAGGUGUGACUUACUAGUCCUUAAAUUCCUAGUUGUGUGCACUGUCCGGUAUAUAACGCAUCAUCGCAUUUAUCAGGGCCCCGUCUUACAGAGUUAUGAUUGAUCCAAUCAGUUGUAACUAUGGAAAUCCAUCAGUGUCAUAAUUUUUUCUGCAGGAAAUUUGCAAAAUGUCCUUUGUAAACAACGGCAAACACACCAAAUUGUCAAGAAAACAAUGAAUUUAUGAAUAUACAUUCAUAUCUAGAAAACGUUUCGAACAAACAUGAAUUUUAGAUGUUGGGGUUGCUAGCUUUCCAUAGUUGUGGUUGAUCAGAUCAAUCGCAACUCUUUGUAAGACGGGGUCCAGAUCAUGUGCUUUAUGACGUGCGCUAGUGUCUAGUCAUCUAUCAGGGUCCCUUUGCAUAAAAAUAUAUUAACAAAUGCUCAAUUUCUAUAACAAAUAACCAUCAGAUUGAAGGAUUUCAGUAGCUUUUAACCGUUAUUGUGAAUUUGUUAUUGUGUAAUGUGUUACAUAUGUGCAUGUCAGCAAUUAAACUCUCUGUUAAACACCUCCCAGGCUAUUUUAUAUGGUUUUUGGACACAUCAACCUGUAUUAUCCGACAAAGUGUGUUUUAUCGAACAGUUCUCAUUGAAACUAUGCUACUCAGGCAGUUAAAAUCAAAGAAAGUUGACAUCUUGAAAUGCUCCCCUGUACUACAUUAGAUGUGGCGAGGCUUUUAUGUUAUUUUCUUUGUGUGAUUUUCUUUUUUUUAUGGUGCAAAAAUAUUGUUUCUAUUAAUCACACGUUCAGGCAAAUUUAUGAAAUUUUAAGUUAUAUACACAAACUGCUGUAAUACAUGGUCUCAUUCGUUAUUAAACUUAUUUUAGUUCUAAAACUUUAUAAUUCACAAUUCAUCAAAGCGAGAGCUGAGAUUUGUAAAGGAUACCAAUGGUUUAAAUUCUGUUUUUAGAACAAAAAUGUUAUUUUCCAGACAAAAAUAUAAGAUCCUGGAUGUUUUAAAGUAGAUAAUUUUUUUAGAAAACAGACAAUUUGUAUGAAAUCAAGAUUUGGUGGUUUUUUCCACUCUAAAAAGCUGUAAUGGAAGUUGAAUAUAUAUCACAGGCCUACUAUCACAGGCCUCCUUUUUAAAAGGAGUAAUUGGGGUAAUAAUUUUUUUUGUCCAGAUAUAGACAGUCAUCUAUGGGAAAUAUGCUGUGACUCCUAUUUUGGAUGCUAACUGGUAGGUACAUGUAGGUCAGGCAAUUUCCUAGGUCCCGUCUUUUAUAAUACUUGCGAUUGAUCCGAUCAACGUCAAUUUUUGACAGGAAAUACGUACGGUGUCAUUUGUUAACAAGAGAAGCACACUGAACUUUCAAAGACAACGAAUGUACAUGUAUAUUACAGCAUAUUUAGAGAACAUUUUGACAUUGCUGGCUUUCCAUAGUCAUGGUUGCUCAUAUCAGUUGCAACUCUUUGCGCGACUAGCACCGACAUCUUUUAUGACUGCUGCUUGUGGAGCAUUUUUUUUUUUUUUUACAUAACUUUACAGAAAGAGCCUCUCACAUCCAGAAAUGCUCAUUUAAGAAGUCAAAUUACUCUCUGGAUAGUCUAAUACUACAUGUAUACAAUGGUAAUUGCACUUUUCCCUUGUCAAUAUCAUGGAGAUUUCUUAAUGUAUAUCAUGAUUCAUAACUAUGUAAUUUAAUUGAUUUUACUUUUAAUUCAAAGAUGGAGGAUAAAGGGAGUGGUGUUGAUCCUAUUUUCAAUAUAUUUCCUGUAUGUUUUACAUUGUCUGUGUCUGUAAUAUAGGAUACCUGUCUUGUAUGGUUGCAGUAUAUAUAUUAAAUAAAAGAAUGAAAAGAAAA